ACAAACUGAAAUCAGACGUCAUCACUAGAUGGAACAGCGCAUAUGAGAUGCUUGAAAGAUUUCUUGAACAACAGCCGGCUGUCUGUGCUGCGUUACUAUCACAGGAGGUGAGAAAAGGAGCGGCUGAAAUCUUCACUCUCACGGAAUCCGAUAUUUCAUGCAGUGAGGAUGUGAUAACUGCUCUUAAGCCUAUGAAAGAUGCCACACUUCUGAUGUCAGAGGAGAGCAGCCCCACUGCGUGUUUAAUUGCCCCAUUGCAUGCUAAACUGAUCCAGGACAUGAAAGAAAACACUGAGGAAAAAUCAGUGAUGAUCAGGGAGAUAAAGAGGGUCAUAUGUGAGGACCUCAGCAAAAGGUACACCACUGACCAGGAGACUAGCCUUCUUAACAAAUGUGCUUCUCUCGACCCACGCUUUAAGGCACUGCCUUUUCUUUCCAAAGAAAAGAGAGAGGAAACUUACAAAACAGUGAUCACUGAAGCUUCAUCAUUACAAGAGGAAGUGCAUGGCAAUCUAGAAGACAGCACUGUGAAAGAAGCCAACAUCUCAGUGAGCCCACAGCCUGAAGUCACAGAGUUGCAGGAUGACUGUCCUACUACUUCAAAAGGAAGAGCUUCAUCUCUGCUUCACAAUCUGCUGGGGAAAGACCUUCUCUGA